AACUGCACAUCGUUGAUGUAUUUGUUGGUGAGGAUGGACGGAUCGAGAUGUGCAGCGGCUGUAGGUUUAAUGGAAAUAAUAAAUUCUCUUUCGGAUGCUGUAAGGGGAGAGCAACCGCGGCAAAUAAUCCACACAGCAGUGUAAAUGUUGAACUAAGCAGGUUUGGUCCGCACCACUUCAAUCCCAGGAUUCCUUGCAACAUUCACAAAGUGAAGCAGUGUGGGUAUUUUUUUAUUUAUUUUUCUCAGAUCGUAGGCACGCAGUUUUAUCUGCUGUUUUCUCUGCAGGGCCAAAAGCAUGGCUGAAGAAGAAAAAGAGAAAAAACUACGUUUUUUGAAAAAUUCCGCCUUUCAUUUUCAAGAUAGUUGCUCGGAACAAGCACGGUUUCUUAUGUGGACACAUCAAUCCAUAGCGGAUACAAAAUAUAAAGAAGAGAGAGUUUGCCCAUAUUGUUUCCAAUGCCGCCUUCCUGAAAACCAUAGAGUGAGAUUCAAACCGAAAAGAAGACUAACACCGCAAGUACAGAGGGUGCUGAACAGAGAGGCAGCCAAUAGGACACUCAGCCUCAAGCAAGUAAAGAUCUUGCAGAAGUAUAAGAACUCAACUAGCACAAUGUUGGUCACCUGUUACAGCUGUAACAAGACUUCAAGACACAGUGGGGUCAAAAGAGACUUCUUAGCUGCAUUUUCACACAAUCCCAACACACCAAACAGUUGUGGUAAACACAGAGAUGCAGCAAGGACACCGAAAUCCGCUGGAAAAGGAAGUGCGUCUCACAUAAAGUCUGGGGCAAAAGGAAAAAGCCCUGCCACAACCCCAAGAUCCACGUCAUCUAGGCCUGCUACGCCAUCUCCUAGUACUAAGCCCAUCAGUGUCAAGAAAUCCCCCUUUUCUCAUCUAAAGAUGCUCUUGAACCGUGAACAGAAACAGAGCAGCAAAAAGGGCGGCCUUCAAGACUUCCUCUGUUCGCUUUGAACAGUUAGAUUUUGAACAGUUUGAAGUUAUGUGCAGGCAAGAUGUUUGGCCUGGAUUCUGUUAAAUGAUUUGCUGAGAGCAAAGUUAUGAUGCUCAGUUCAUACAGGGGGUUGGUCAUCUGUCAAAAAAUGUAAUACCAAACAUAUUGCAAAAUAACCUCAUUGCGUUGAUUGCGUUGCACAUUUGCAGUUUUAUCUUUUGUUGGGGCAUUAAUCUUCGCUGGGCUCUCCAGGUGUCCCUUGAGAUGGUUUUCUGUUGUUUUUUUUAAGGGGGUUGGGGAUGGAAAUGGAAACAUCAAAACAAACCAUAUUUGUUGCUGAAACACUGAGGUGAACAUUUAAAAAUUGUUAAGGGAGAGUUAUUUGUUAAGGUCAGUGAUAUGUAACUUACCAUUUGAUUUAUUGUUAUUAUUAUUUAUGUAUUUUUCAAACAAAGCCCAAGACCCCAGUAUUCACAGAACUUUAAAGACUGUCUUUAGAAAUUAUUUUUGAAGGUGUUUUUUUUUUUUUUUUUUUUUUUAAGAAUAUUUGUUGUGGGGUUUGAAAUUUUGGAAUAAACAACAAAACACUUUCUAAAAAGCUUUAAUGAGCUUACAUUCCUUAAAACAGUCAAACGUUUGUGAAUAUGGCCCUAUAUUUUUAAAAGGAUGUUGUGCUGAACAUGGCUUUGCCUUAUUAUUAAAAUAUAUAGUCAUUUCAUAUUUUAAUCCAUAUUUAUAUAAUUUCCUGGAACUACUCAGAUCCUUUGAAAUGUUUAUGUACAAUAUAAACAAUGUACUUGUCUAGCAGUGAACUUUAAAAACAUGGGGCUGCUCCCAGGCAGUUAUUCCAGGAAUUAUAGACUAGGCACUUAGAGAAGGUCUCUAGGACGGAGCACACUGACAAGUUAUUUUAUUUGUAUUUGUUGUAGCCACAGACUUGUGAGACAGUAAGUCAUAUAGCUGGUUUUAGCUCUGCUUAAAUGUUGAACUUAAUUUGCUGGUCCUGUGGAGAUGCAGUUUUGUAGCUGUUGGUUUCAAUGGUUAAAAAUUGUUUAAUACUUUUUUUUUCUUUAAAGGGUGUCGUUUGACUUUAAGAUUUGAUUUGUCACAUUUUUUGUACAACUACAGUAAUUCAUAAAUUGCUGGGUGACCAAAGAAAUACAAUAACAAAUAUGUGUGUUCUAUGCAUCUGAUGUACCUUAAAGCUUUUAUUUUAAAAUACUAAUUGUCUUCUUCAGUGACCUUUUCUUUUUUAUAUAUCUCUCUCAAAUAAAAAUAAGAAUUAUUUCUGAAUUCUUUUUUGGAUUUAUAAUAAUUUGGGUACAUUUAGGAAAUUGUCUUAUCGUGUUAUAUAUAUAUCUCAUGAAAUAAAUAAGUAAAUGUGUAAACCACCAUCAAAUGUAAAAUGAUUGUGGAAAUGUUCUCUUAUUGCUCAUGCAUUUGUUUUACUUUGCAUUCAAAUGAAUGUUGGAAUACUUUGUCAAAGUUAAUUUUCACCAUGACACAAGAGGCAUUGUGGUGAAACUAAUGGUUAUAUACUAAGAGCUAUGAUACCAUUCAUUUUUUAACACUUUUUGGAGAAAAUGUAUCUGAAUACAAAAUGUGCAAAUUUGCAGUAUCAUGGUUUAAAAAUAAAUGACAUUAUGAAACUGUA